AUCGAUUCCCAUCACUCUGAACGUUUCUUAGAGUAAUCAUUAAAUUAUUAAGUUAAUAGGAGAUCAAAAUGGCAGAGGCAAGCAACAUUCCCGCUUUCAAGCUAGUUCUCGUUGGUGAUGGUGGAACCGGAAAAACAACUUUCGUAAAGCGUCACUUGACAGGAGCUUUCGAGAAAAAAUACAUUGCCACCCUCGGUGUCGAGGUUCACCCUUUGACAUUUCACACCAAUCACGGUAUGAUCUGCUUCAACGUCUGGGAUACAGCAGGACAGGAAAAAUUCGGUGGACUUCGUGAUGGUUACUACAUCCAGGGUCAAUGUGGUAUCAUCAUGUUCGAUGUUACGUCAAAGAUUACUUACAAAAACGUCCCCAACUGGCACCGUGAUCUCGAACGUGUUUGCGAGGGUAUCCCCAUUGUCCUUUGUGGAAACAAAGUCGAUGUCAAGGAGCGCAAAGUUAAGACAGGUGCCGUGACCUUUCACCGCAAGAAAAACUUGCAGUACUUUGAGAUCUCUGCCAAGUCGAACUACAACUUCGAAAAGCCCUUCCUUUGGCUAGCUCGAAAAUUAUCCGGAACCCCCAACUUGGAACUUGUUGCUGCUCCUGCUCUCGCACCUCCUGAGGUUGCUGUUGAUGCCGGGCUCAUGGAGGUCUACAACAAGGAGCUAGCUGCAGCUGCAGCUGCUCCAUUGCCUGACGAAGAUGACACUGAUAUUUAAGUCGCGUCGAUCAAUGUUACUUUGUCAAGCUAGUUAUACAUAGUUUCUUUCAAUAAAGACCAUAUAUAGGGUAUCAAAUGAAUUAGGUGACGAGAAAUAUGGAUUUCUCGAUUUGUUUUUGGUGUUUCACGAGAAAAAAUAUAUGGCUUCUUUCUGACGUGCGGCUUUUGCCCAUGUG